AACUAGACAGGCUCACCCCUCAAUCCAAGCUCGAGAGCUCUUUUUUCUUUCUUUGAUCCAUCCCACCAACUCUCAACAGUCCAAAAUACCCUCUCCUCUCAUCCAAACCGACAUCCUCUCCUUCCCUCCUCCCCGUCUCCUUGCACACUCGUCGAAAGGCCAGCAGUUGACUCUGUUGUGUUGUGCUCUCUCCUCGACCCUAUUCUUCCCGAGGAACAAAUCAUGUGAAGGAGGACCCAUCAUUACGUCGGUUCCCUCCCAGCUCAAAAACAGCCAAGCUUGUUGUGGACUGUCCGAUCAAUGCCGCCGACCUUCGUCCUUCUCUCCUAAAACUCGCACCUGCGGUUAGGGUCAGCGCUGAGAGGCCAUGCCGCCCAAACCUGCCCUCACCAGCUCUUUUCUCGUGUCGACGGAUGCAGAAAAUGAAGUUGUGUGUCCCCUCACAAACCAAGAUGGCUCACAGUGCAGAAAGAGAUGCAUUGGGGAAAAACGGUACCGGUCGAUGCAAGAACACAUUCGACGCGCCCAUCCAGAUCAUUAUAUUCCCAAAUUGCCUGCUACAGAGGAGAGUUUCCAGUUAAUGAUCAGCACUCCUCCCUCGCAACGCCCUCAGAUCCAACCAACUGCCGCCCUUCCUGCUCCCAGAGGCCCUUCGGGUGCGAGUGGACUGUUUGAACAAACCGGAGCAGGCACAAUGACUGCGCAACCCCCUGCGGCUGCCAAUGCUGCUGUUGCCCUGACACAACUGCACAAUUGGGACUCCGAUUUUGAUGUUUUCCCAGAUUCAGACUACAAACGCGAGUCGUCGGGUUUCGAACUGCCCUCGCUACGCGCUCAAUUUCAUGAAGAUACCCUGCCACCAUUCCAGCCCACUCGCCCGCGCGAACUAUUACCAUCUCUUCUACAGUCUCCGGGCAGUCGAUAUUCAUCUUUACCCCCCAUCCAAAGACGCGGCGAGAGACUUCCGCGACCCCGAAAGCCAUCGAUGGGGCAAAAUGCGCGCAAGGGCAAGCACGAACGCGGAAAAUCUAGGGAAUUUUCGGCCAAGGAUUUCUCCCGAAGACUGAGCGUCGAAGGCCGAAAAGCAAUGUCUGCCGAACCACCCACGGCGGCCUGGGUUCAAGGCAAGAGAUGGGAAGAUCUGAUCGAGGCUGCCACGAGUGCUACUGAGGCUGAUGAUGAUCGUGAUCUCACUCCCAUGCCGCAGUCGCCAAACUUUCCGCCCUCUACCACGGCUGCCGCCACCGCUGCUGGCUCGGGCAAUGCGCCCACCACCAACACCACCACCACGACCGCUCGUAGAUUGUCCGCCGCGGACAGCAUCUCGACCAGUGGGGAUGUCAACAAGCGCUCGUCGCUGCCCCCGGGCUUCCGUCCCUUUGGUCAUCACCUGCACCACCAACCUGGGCAAUACAAUGCCUCUCCGCUGCAGCGCACCCUGACUCCACCGCCACCAGAUAUCCUGGGACCCAAUGAUCCCGAGCCAUUCCCUUCGGUCGAGUCCUUAGAGAGCGCGGGAUCCGGUCAGAAUUUCCACAUCUCUGGUUCCGGCCUCCCUACAUCGGCAUCGUCCAACGAUAACACUAGCCCCCUCCAGCACCAUUCACACCCUUACCAGCACUCCCAAUCAUCCUCAUUUGGCAGCAAAUCGGAUGUAUUGGAGAUCUACUGCGCGUCGUGCAGUCGGCCGUGGCUACUGAAAAAUGCCUUCGCUUGCACCGAGUGUAUCUGUGGCGUCUGCAGCGACUGCGUUGGACAGAUCAUCAGCAGUCCUGUGGUGACGGUCCAACCAGGUCUCGCACCGAUGCGCCGCGGAUGCCCCCGCUGCGGAGUCAUGGGCGGGCGCUGGAAGAGGUUCAACAUUGACAUUCGCUGAUGAUAACAUUCACAGGAAGAAGUCUCAAACUAGAAUUCCUAGGGUGUUCGUAUUGUGUGGGAGGAGGGGGAGGCGGGAGGGGAUCGCCUAGCUUAAACUCCCCCUGCUUCCCUCCCCCUACCCAUCCCCCGAACAAGAAGUCAGGAAAAGAGGCGCGCCCAGGAAGAGCCCCUCAAGCGAGCGUGACUGAGACAUAAAUGAUCCUGUCAGCCGUGAAAUUACCGCAGACUCCGCUCAGCACCGAGCCAACCGGACGCGACAGAGACAAAGGAGAAAUUACUCCCUCGCGGAGCAGGCCGGCGAGGAGAUGCAGUAUUAGACACCAAAAGAGUAGUCACAGUAGAACGACCCUCCUAGGUCUGUAGGAGGAGGACCAGCAGCAAGGGCAGAAAGUAUAAGCGACGAGUUCCUAGUCCAGCAACACGAACUCCCCCCGCCAGGUGAAGGGUGAAGGGUAGUCGCCGCCGGGAUAGCGCAGAUUGGGAGGGAGGAGAUGCACAGGGAGGUCCAGGAAGGGCUUGCGUGGUGUCCAAUCGCUUCCACACGCAUUUUGUUGCGCAAUGUCAAAAAACGUGCGGGAUGCCGAGGAGAUCCAGGGGCCCAGAUUGGACAGGAGGACGGUCGACAGCGCAGUUAGACCAAUCGAGGCGCUCCCUAAGUCUCCCUUCCUCCCUGCGCCAGUGCAGCGCACAGGGCGGGAAUGGGGCCUGGCGCAGGCAGGCGCGGCACCUCAGGCCAGAAAAACUUGACAAUGGCCCUCCACUCCAACGCCACAAAAUGGCCAUUCCUGACCUCAUCAAGUCCGACUCAUGACGAUCAGCGUUUUGCUGCGGAGGCCUGCCCGCGCCUCCGACGAGUAGGAGUCGCAAACUCUGAAAAUCAAGUCUUCCAAGAGGAAAACCAAAGCGAGCACUAACUUCUGGAGGGGGGGAGGGAUCUUAAGGGAGUCCGCAGCCGGCUUGCAGGACAUCGGGGCCUUGGCUGCAACCCAUGUGGCUAGUUACGUUAUGCAUAUUCAGCAGCUGACACAGAUAACAGGCUGGGACUCAAACAGCAAAAGGAAAGACCAUGCAGAAGACCAUCUUCCUACAGGAGCAUCACAUCCCACCUGCAUGCACGAGCCGACCUGGGUGAGAAGUGGCUGAAAAGGAGGGUGUGGGUGCUAUGGAGACCUGGUGGGCUCUUGCGGUACCCGGCUCCAGUGUCCGCCCCCCUCCCUCAGUCAGCGCUUCUCCAUUGGAUUUCAUCCCUCCCUGGGUCCCCGAUGCCAGAGGCCGUCGAAGGUCCCAUGCGACGCCUGCUCCCCUUCUGUACAUGGGUCUGAGGCAACAAUUCGCUCAUAGCACGGUGGAAAGACUGGGAGAACCAUACGAGUGACGGUGCGAAUGGCGGCCGACCCAGACACAUGGCAGACAUGACGCUUUUCUUGUUCUCACAAGAAUUUUGGGUUGAGGGAGGGAGGGAUGUUGUGUGGGCGCAAACCCCAUGGGCCCAAAGAAGAAGAUUGGUACCACAGGGAAAUACGAAUAAGAGCAUGCGGCAUACAUACAGACUUGUUCACGGGGUUUGUUUCGCUCAUUUCUCGUCCAGCCUUUUCGACAUAGUACGAGCUGCUGCGACUCCCACGAACCGGUCCGCAGUUUUGAUGUGAUAUGCCAGGACGGAUGAUCGCAUUGCCCCUAGGCUCCUUGAGACGCUGAUGUCUAUACACGGCGACUUCUCGUACACCUCUGAUUAUGUCACAUGUAUUGAAAGCACAGACCACAUCAAUGAGAUAUUCAAACGACCUGGACCGUGAUAACAUGGAUAUUUGUCGGACACCUUUUGCUUGCUC